GGCACUUAAACUUCGCUGUGGUUCAUAAUAAACUAGCUCCUGUAGACACAUUGACUUCAAUCUAUUUUUUGUUUUACCUUUUUACUUCAUAAUAAUGUCAGUUAUUUGUUUCGCUCUGUCCCGAAAUGUCUUGUCUGCGAGGAACUCUUGCAUGAUGCUGAUGGUACGUCACGCCCAGAAGGCGGCGGUCCCAGCCCCGGCUCCUGAGUCCAGGAUCAAAAAGUUCCAGAUCUACCGCUGGGACCCUGACACAGCCGGGGAUAAGCCCAGGAUGCAGACGUAUGAAGUGGACCUCAACAGUUGUGGUCCCAUGGUCCUGGACGCUCUCAUCAAGAUCAAGAACGAGCUGGACCCCACGCUGACGUUCCGACGUUCCUGUCGCGAGGGGAUAUGUGGGUCCUGUGCCAUGAACAUCAACGGCGGCAACACUCUGGCGUGUCUCAACAAGAUCGACGGCAACGCCAGCAAGGCCACCAAGAUCUACCCGCUCCCACACAUGUACGUGGUCAAGGACCUGGUGCCUGAUAUGAGCAACUUUUACGCACAGUACAAAUCCAUUGAGCCCUACCUGAAGAAGAAGGACGAGUCCAAAGAGGGGAAGGACCAGUAUUACCAGUCUGUGGAGGACAGACAAAAGCUGGACGGCUUGUACGAGUGCAUACUGUGUGCUUGCUGCAGCACCAGCUGUCCCAGUUACUGGUGGAAUGGUGACAAAUACCUGGGACCUGCUGUUCUUAUGCAGGCGUACCGCUGGAUGAUCGACUCCCGGGACGAGUUCACAGAGGAGCGUCUGUCCAAGCUGCAGGACCCCUUCUCCCUCUACCGCUGCCACACCAUCAUGAAUUGUACCAAGACCUGCCCCAAGGGACUCAACCCCGGAAAGGCCAUCGCGGAGAUCAAGAAAAUGAUGGCAACUUACAAGGAGAAGAGAGCUGCGCUGUCAUGAGCGCCGGACAAAAACCGAAGGACUUCUUUUACAUUUGCCAGGUUCAUUUUCACAUCUCGGGGGCCGAGAUCAACGUUGCAGGGGCAACUUUCAACCUCUCCUGUCAAAUAAUAAUUACACAUCAUCCAAAAGCCUCCAUGAUAGCGAAGGAUAACCCAUACAAGAUGACGGAAGUAGCUGACUGGUGAAGUCUCCAUCAGCGAUAUCUAAUCCUGAAGUCUAGGGUCAUAGUGGAGCAUGGAUUUUUUCAUUAGGUCUCUACACCAACCAACAUAAGUUUUUCUUGCACUACCCCCCAUUUGUGUCCGUGUGUGAUGAAAUAUAACCACAUUUUCACAGUAAGUAGCUCAAUUUUUUAAUUUAGAGUAAGGUAGAACUCCGCAGACUGCACGCCAGUUGAUCACAUUUAGACAAACAACCAUUUACUCUACACUCCAUCAUAUCUAUGGACAAUUUAAUUUAAGCCAGUGCUUUUCAAUUAUUUCUUGAAGAAGAAAAAAUGUCGCCUUCCCCCACUCUCUGUCCCGACUAUAAACAGUAUUAUUUGUCUGUGAAAUGGUUAAAAGUACACCUCUGCAUAACAUUGUAUCCUUUUUAACAUUAAAGAAGACAAAAAAUAUAUAGAUCAAAUUUAAUGAAAAAAUAACUUUAUUAAUACUAUUGUUUUUUUUUUUAUUCAAAGUGCAUUAAUUGGCCUGAAAUUAUAAAAUAUAUACUGUAAUUGAAUUUGUAAACAUUUUUGACCAACUUUGAAACAGAAAAAAUUGAAUAAAAUCAACUCAAUAUAUACUACUGGUACAUUCAAAUCAAUUUGCAAUAUGAACCCAGGAGCACAUUAUAUUAAACAAUAAAUUCAAAAUAGAACUAUUUGCUGAUUUUUAAUAAUCAAAAUGAGGAAGUCAGAUUAAUGGCUGCGUGGAGCACGUUUUGUAGUGCACAGCUUUUCGAAGCGGGGUUUGAAGGAUGCUACCGCAUGAUACUGAUAAAGCAUGUUCCUCCAUGAGCUUUGAGAAGAACUGAAUGAACCUAUCAUAAAAAUCCAAACAAGCAAAGGUAAACACAAACUCCACACAAAAACUGGAACAGUUUUAGUAUAUAAGAAAAUGUAUUUAUGCUGUAAAUAUUGACAUCACAUGUGUUCUGUCAUUACUCUACUGUAUUUGUUUCCUUAUUUUGGUCACAACAAAAUAUUGAAUGGUGUACAUUAAUAGCCCACAACCUAUGUAACCUAACUCAGUGUUUUUCAACCUUUUUUGAGCCAAGGCACAUUUUUUGCUUUGAAAAAAUCCAAAGUCACACCACCAGUAGAAAUCACUAAAAAACGAAACUCAGUUAACAGUAAAAAGUCGUCGUCGCAAUUGUUGGACAUGACUUUAAACCAUAACCAAGAAUGCAUAGCUCUUGUCUCAAAGUAGGUGUACUGUCGCCACCUGUCACAUCACGUCCUGACUUAUUUUGAGUUUUUUGCUUUUUUGCUGUGUGUAGUGUUUUAUUUCUUGUCUUGCGCUCCUAUUUUGGUGGUUUUUCCUCUUUUUUUGGUAUUUUCCUGUAGCAGUUUCAUGUCUUCCUUUGAGCGAUAUUUCCAGCAUCUACUUUGUUUAAGUAAACAAGAAUAUUUCUGUUUUUUUUAUCCUUCUUUGUGGGGACAUUGUUGAUUGUCCAUGAAUUUAUUAACGUGGACCCCGACUUAAACAAGUUGAAAAACUUAUUCGGGUGUUACCAUUUAGUGGUCAAUUGUACGGAAUAUGUACUGAACUGUGCAAUCUACUAAUAAAAGUAUCAAUCAAUCAAUAAAUCAAUCAAUCAAUCA